GCUGAUUGUUAUUUUUGGAAGUGCUUCCACUUAUUAAUAUUAUUUGACAAAGUCUAACUUAGGGACGUAAAUACCAUAACUAUCAUAUUUGCAUAUUGAUAAUUUAGAUCACAAGGACUAUGACCUAAAAAGCAUAUGAGAACAAACUUACUCUAAUCCAUACAGAUACCAUUUCUUUUGUAGUUUAGUAUUUUUUUUAUAGCUACAGCUAUAGUGUAUUUGAGCUUUUCCUAAAAUUGGAGAAUGGAAGGUCCUUGUGGUAUGGAUCCUUCUCGGGCACCUUACAGGUUUCUCGUCCUUUUCUUCAACUGUAUGCUGACAUUCGGUAGUUAUUUCUGUUUUGACAUGCCAAGUGUUUUGCAAGACGAUUUUACCAACAGUGAAAACUGUACCAAUGUUACCGCUGGAAACGUGAGCCACCAAGUCUGUGACUGCGAUGGCUGCCUGGGAAUGUCCGACGAUGACUACAAUCUGCUUUAUGCUAUUUACGCCUGGACAAAUGCUUUGGUGGUUAUAGGAGCAGGAUUUUUAAUCGAUAAAUUGGGAAACAGAUUGGGCGUUUUCCUGUUUUCUUUCCUGUGCGUUUUGGGGUCAUGUACAUUUGCUGCUGGUGCUUUCCUUAAGGGGACAUCCUAUUUGCUGCCAGUCAUGUUGCUUGGAAGAUUAUUAUUCGGAUCAGGCAAUGGCUCCUUAACAAUUGUACAGAACAGAAUUACAGCAUAUUGGUUCAAAAACAAAGAGCUGGCCCUAGCAUUUGGAAUCACUCUGGCCUUUUCUAGACUCGGGAGUGUUCUGAAUUUCUUCCUUACACAGAGUUUUAAAGAUGUGCAUGGUUUACCAUGGACUUUAUGGGGAGGAGCCAUGCUGUGUGGACUUGGUUUUAUCUGUGCCCUUGUGGUCAGCUUCCUUGACAAGAUGGGGGUCAGGGCCUUGGGGGAUGAAGAUAACCUCAAAAUGCAGUCCAAGAAGCUGAAAGUAACAGACAUCAAGCAUUUCUCCCUGUCUUACUGGUUGUUGGCCCUGGCAAUUAUGUUCUUCUACAAUGGAGUUUUUCCCUUUGUGGCAGAUGCUAGUAAAUUCAUUCACUUAAAAUACCAUAUGGAUCCAAAAGUCAGUGCUUACAUAGCUGGGGCAGUUUAUGAUGUUUCUAUGGUGCUGUCACCCUUUCUAGGAGGCAUUAUUGAUGUUAUUGGGAAGCGGGGCAUUCUGGCCCUCCUUUGUUCCCUGCUGACCAUUCCACUGUUCGGACUUCUAGCCUUCACCACUGUCUACCCCCUCGUCUGUACCCUGUGGCUGGGAGUCACCUACUCCUUUGCUGCUGCUAGCUUGUGGCCCUCCAUUCCGCUCGUUGUUUCCCAAGCAACUGUUGGAACAGCCAUGGGACUGACCACGUCUAUACAGAUGAUUGGAAUUGGAAUCUCCAAUCUUAUCGUGGGCCAGAUCCUUGGAAAGAAUGACAAAGACCAGGAUGCAGAUCAGACACUGAGGAGAUGGAAGUUUGUGAUGAUAUUCUUGUUGGCCAAUUCCUUAGCUUGUGUGGCCACAACCACUUUUCUGAACAUUAACGACAAAAGGAAGGGUGGCAUAUUGAACAUCAGUAGAAAAGAGAGGCAGCAACAAGAGUUUGAGAAAUCCAUAAAGCAGAAGGAUGAAGACGAGGAAGAAAAGCCAUUGUUAGGAAGGCGGGAACACAGAAUUAAUUAGUGGCACUCAUAGUUAUGAUUAUGAGUGAAGCUCUGAGAAGUGGGGUGUUAUAUUUAU